AUGGACGAUUUUGAAUUGAAAGAUUUAGGGAUCCCAGAUCCCACUUUCCAAGGUGACAACAUCUUCUCAACCAACCUUGAGAAGAAGAAGACAGAUAAUGUGAUUAUUGCCGAAGUUAACCCAUGCCAGAUGGACUUUGAGUUCAACUCCCAAGAAGACGAUAAGACUACUUCUCUGGAGGAGGAAUACGAAACGAUCAUGGGGCAGUUUUACGCGGAACUCCCUGAUGACCGGAAGUUCAAGCAUUGGGCUGACAACAUCAUUUGUACCCCUUACAUUGAGGAUUCCCUGAGGAAGGUCCUGAUCACUAGAGAUUAUGACUCAUUAAAAUCCUUACAAGGAACUUUAGGCAUCAAGUCUGGAUACCUCAUCAUGCUAAUCAACUGGAUCAGUGAUGGCAACAUCAAGAAAGCUGAUGAUGAAAGCAAGCUCAAUAAGAAGUAUACCGAACCGGUUGGGAAAUACCCUAGGAUAGAGUAUCACAAGAGUAAGACUCUUUCUGCUGAACAGAAGGCUAUGAGAUUACAAAAGGAUUUGAAAAAAGCCUUAGGCAAAGAACUUAUCUUCAGAGAUCAUCAUGAAGUCAAGAGGUUUAUUGAACAUUUGGAGCAUUGCUAUAGGAUGCCUAUGACUAAAAAGUUUUUCAUUAACUAUCUUGGGUUAUACAGCUACACAUGUGGGCAUAAAAAGUUCUUCAAAGAUUGCCCCUUCAUGAUAAAAUUCACUCGCUACAAUGAGGCUCAUUUCCCCAUCUUAGUAAAAUCCCAUCUUCUCCACUCCCACGACCCAUGGGGGAGUCCACCAAAGCCUUCUCCUCCAAAAGCCAUUUCUAAAGCCUCCAGAAGCCAACUCGAAAUAGACAAUAUCUCUUCAGAUAAGCCAUUCAUACUGCACAAAUUUCCAAAAAAUCCCAUCAAAAUUACCAAAAAGACACAACUCAGGGCUAAAACUCCAAAACCAAAAGCAAAGAAAAAGCCUAAAAUUGCUAAAAAGAAGCUUCUGAUUGAGUCUGAAGAUGACUCUGAAAACACAACUAGUGAAGUAGAGUACGCCACAGAGGAAAGCGAUGACCUCAAACCUGAAGAAUUAGCGGUUAACACACAUGCUAAAAUUGAGAAGCCUAAACCCAAGCCGAAAGUUGCUAAGAGAAAACCUGUAGAACUUAAGGAUGAUGACAAAGACACAGAUCCUACUUUUGGCGAGAUAGAUGACUUCUUUGGACAAGUAAAAGGAGAGCAAAUGGAUUUGAAUAAUACUGAGGAAGUCCAGAUUAGCCUGAUUGAUAAAGCAAAUCGUUCUAAAUUAAAUCCUGACAUUUCCAAAGAUAUGACAGACCUUUUAGCUAAGUACAUCCCUGGAAAAUUAAUAGAGAUCCCUGAAGAAGUAGCCUCUGAAAUUCAGUUUAAGUCUAUAUGUGGCAUUGACCAAGCCACUAUUGAGGAUGAUGCUAUCAAGGAUAUCUACCAAACUAAGGUUCCUACUUAUGAAGAGCAAUUCAGAUGAAGACAUGCCAUGCAAAACUGAGUGAAAGAUUCCAAGAAGAACUUAAAAGUUCUGUACGAAUUCAUGACUUUACAAGAGCUAUUGGACAAAAAUUACAAGAAAACUCAAAAGAGCUACAUGAUCACAUCUGAAGAAAGCGAGGAAUGACUUGGCAUGUACAUUGACCUAAAGAAGCAUAAAAACUCGGACUUGGUCGAAGGCGCAUAUUUCAUCGAUACACAGUCAAAGAUAGAAAUAGCAUAUGAAACAAAAUGUGUGUUUGUCUACCAAAUUGAUCGAUUUGAGGAGUUGGUGCUAAAAGCAAUUUUCCUCUUCAAAAAGUACGAGGAAACCCUGAUUAAACAGUUCCUUGGACAACUCAAGGAGACUAGUGGUGAUAUCGAAGAAAUUUCAGUCAAUCUUGACGAGAAGUUCAUCUCUGCUAUCAAACUAUUCUCCAAAGAAAAUCCUUGCAAUUAUUUUAUAUGAGAGAAACAUUUGACAGAGGACACUCAAAAAGUGAUUAAAAUAACCAGCUAUAUCCAAAAAAUGACCGAAGAUAAAUAUGAUUUCAAAGAAGAAAAGGCUAAAAAGUUGAGAGACCAAACUGAAUUACAUGAAAUUGCCCAUAAAAUCUCUGCGAAGCUCGACUCCCUCUGGAGUAAAUAUGAAAAACAGUUGAAAUACUCCAAAAUUAUCAGCAAGAGGGUGAUUACCAGGUACGAAACCUGGUGUGAGGACAACAAGAAGUUGCUUAACAAAGAUUUCAGUGAAGUAUUCAAAACUCUCAUUGAGCCCCUUCCCAUCAACCGAAAGAAUAUUAAUGAAGCGAUCUGGAGCUUGCUUGGGUUUAACCCAAAAUGUGUUAUAAAGACCUUUAUGAAGGAUUCAGAUCAGAUAACAAAUGAUUCAAAACCAACCCAAGAUGAAGCAACUUUGUCUUUACUCUGUAAGACCUACACUCCUCCUGUUGCUCACAAGAUCUUUAUGAACUAUCUCAUGGGAAAAAUGUGAACAGUAGAGAUCCCAAAUAUAGAACCAGGUGACAACAGUAUUCCUUUGAUCAUCAUAAAAGAGCCAAACUUUGGAGAGGAAGCCAAAGGUUCUACCAAAAAGAGCCAGAGUUUUAAGAAGUACAUUAUUCACCCACAAACAUUAGUCUGAAAUUGCCCAGAGUUUAAGCCAAAAAAAAGCUGCCUGAAUUCACAAAAUGGCAUACAUGUUCCAAGGAGUGCAGUUACCAAUAGAGCCAAUAGUAGCUAAUAACCUGUUGAUUCCUGAAAAAUUCAAGAUUAAGAAAGUAUCAAGACUCAAACUCCUCUUUUCCAAAAUCUUAGCAGAGCUUACGGACACUAAGAUUGCAGAGGAGAAGAGUAGCCUCUUAAGGAUGGCUAAAGUAGUCCAAGAAUUCCAAGGAUCCCAACAAGACUCUCCUCCCUCUCAAGCAGAUCCUCUCGAGGAAUCUGGCAAAAUCCAAGAAGGUUCUUCACCUGAGCCCACUUCAUUACUCCCUAAUCCAGUUGCAGAACCCCAAGAGGAGUCCAAAGAGGAGCCUAAAGAGGACUCUAAAGAAGACUCUUUAAUCCCUUCACUUGAAAAUACCUCUGCUGAAAUGAUCACUGCUUUCGAUGGCUUCGCAAAACCCCCUUCAAAAGUCCGAAAAAGAGACCAGAAAACUCUCU